UGGCGGGUACAACCUCAAGGCGGGCCCGGGCUCAACGAUUCACCUCAUGAAGUUUGACAUGGGCGGUGCUGCUGCUGUGCUGGGCGCUGCCAAUGCCAUCGCUGCCAUCCAGCAUCAGGGCGUGCAGUUUGUGGCGGAGGGGCUGCCAUGGGCGCAUUUGGACAUUGCAGGGCCGGUGUGGAGUGAGAAGAAGGGCAGAGGCACUGGCUUCGGUGCCAGCCUGCUCUACCACUGGGUCGCCUCCCACUCCCCCUAA